GUCUCAAUGCGACAUUUACUAUCUGAAGUGUAUAAUGGAGCAAAUUGAUCGUGUGGCUUAACAGAGGCAUGACUCGACCUAACCUGGCAACCCCAUCGUAACCAGACGUCAGUUGUCUGCGGAGGUUUGAUGGGCGGUGCUCUAUCUAUUAUAAUACAUCCAUGAUCUAUAGACAUCCACAUGUCAUUUUGACACACGUUUACAUUUCCUCGUUUUGUUAUUGUUGACAUUGAAGGGGGCGGGCCUUAAAGUGCUUGCUGCAACGUCACAGAAAUACUCCAAUCACCGGCGCAUAAUAACACCUACGUCAUAUCCAAAGGACUGUUAACAUGUCGAUUGUUCAAAGAAAGAGCUAAGUAAGAGCUAGCAUGGAAGCAUACUGAGUGAUGUAAUUCAUGAAGUUCUAAGGCAGAUAUGUCGCUUCGGUCCAGUUCUCAGACUCCUCAGAUUCAUCGUCAUAGUUUCCAUUAAAGUUGAUAUUUUGUGAAAAUUGCAGUUUCAUACAAAGGCGUGACUGGUGGAGCGGGGACACGAAGACAUGGGCAACUGUCUCAAGUCACAAACAACGGAUGACAUCUCACUGCUUCACGAGGCCCAGUCACGUAGGGCGAGUUUCUGGGACGCGACGGACCUGGAACCACCUCCACCGUAUCAGGAGCAGGCUCAUAUGCCCGUGUACCACCCCACACUGAGUCAGGCCCGUCUGGCCUCACAGCUGACAGAGGAGGAGCAGAUACGCAUUGCUCAGCGCAUUGGUCUGAUCCAACACCUCCCGACGGGUGUUUAUGAUGGAGAUAAAGAUGGCUCAGAGAAAAAGAUCAGAGAGUGUGUGAUCUGUAUGCUGGACUUUGUUUAUGGGGACCCCAUCCGGUUCCUGCCCUGUAUGCACAUCUACCACAUGGACUGUAUAGACGACUGGCUGAUGAGAUCCUUCACCUGCCCCUGUUGCAUGGAGCCUGUGGAUGCCGCCCUGCUCUCCACUUACGAAACAGAUUUUUCACCCCUCCAUGCUUAGAUCAGACAGAAGGCCCCUCCAGUCCCAACCCUUUACACAAACCUUACAACUGCCCUCAACUAGUGUGAGAAGCUGGAGAAAAUAGGUCUGCUGUUGUAUUGCACUUUGAAAAGUUCAAAAUUUACUCACCUGAUGUUGGCCUUCUAUACCCCCCCAAGUCUAAAUGAGCUGGUCUUAAACAUCCAUUAGAGAAACUGUUUGCAGUCAACCCUGCAAAGUUGUGUUUAAUGUGCAGAAGCUGUGUGACAAUGAGCAUGUGGGAUUUGUGAGCGAUUGUCUCACUGGUGUUCCCUCAGCUGACACCAUUUUAUUUUUAUUCCCAGUUAGUCAUGUUACUGACCAAAAUGAUCAGAGGUGUUGCUCGAAAUCUGUUGGAUUCAAUGUGAAGUCUUAUGUGGAAAUAGCAAAGACUUCCUCAACACGUUGUUUGUCUUCAACCGGUCUUUGAGAAAAUGCUCUGAGUUGACGUGAUGUAAUGGUGAUGUUUAAUGUGAUUGUUUGACCAGAGGGUGUGUAGAAUAGCUGGCAGCAAGUGUAAAGGGCUCACUUGUGCAUAGGCGGGUGAAUCAGUCAGUCAAAAAAUUAGAAAUGCUUGCGCACACUUUUCAUCUGAUCCAGAGAUUUGCACUUUACUUAUAGGACAGUAUCUAAAACAAUAUAUUAAUAUAUGUACCUUACAACCUUGCACUAUCAAUAUUUCAUUCCUCUUAUCUCUUGAGAUGCAAAUGUGUUAAUAUGGCUGAUAAAAACAGUGGUCAGUCGUCACUUGCCACAUCGAAAGUAAGCCUGAUGUAACAGUAGUGUGAGCCUCCGCUUUAUUUUUUGACUCUUGUGUGUCUUAUGUGUUAGUAUAGGGACAGAAGCUUGCUCAUGGUUAAAGGAAAAGUUCAAUGUUUUUGUGAAAUUUGCUUUUUAUGUUUAAAAUUGGGGUGAGAGUGGUGCCGGUCUGGAGUUGCAGCCAAAAAGGCAGUGAGCUUAACACAAAGACUGGGAACAAAGAAGGGAGCUAGAGCUUGAAUUAGCCUGGCCCUGUUAAAGUUGUAAAUUAUACCCGCCAACACCUUGAGAUAAAAAGUAACACACUGUUUGUUUGUUUGAAUAAACUGCACAGAAUGAAACUUAAUCAUCGUCAUGCUUCACAGGGAGUUACAUGCUGUUAAAAUAGAGAAAGACCUCAGCCAAUGCCUCUCAGUUUCCCACAGUGUCCAUGCACUCAAAAUAAGAUCAUUUUAAAACUUAGAAGUCCAAGAAAAUUCUCCUCUAUGUUGUUUGAGUUAUGCUGCUCAAAGAUGCACAAACAUGUCCAAAACAACCUCCUUGACAGAGCUAAUAAGGAUGUAACAAAUAAAGAAAUUGUUAUUUACUUUCA